AUGGCGUCGAUUGAUUUUCCUGACGUCAAAAGCAUUGAUCAUUUUCAUUUAAUCCCUUCCCACAAUCUCCACUUCGAUAUGUCGACAUUUUCUCAGAACGAUGUAGAUCCCAUUCCAGCCGGUGUUCCUCCGUUUCUGGGAGGCGAGGAAGGUGAAGCGCGGCGAUUCCAUCCAAGUUUAAUCCUUUCUUCAUCGUUAUAUGUUUCAAGCAUCGUUUUGGAAUUUUGGAAGACAGAUCGCAAAACGUCCACAGCCAUGGCGAGAAAAGGGUUUCCAUCACUUGAGUUUAAGGUUGUUCAAAGUGUGAGCUCCAAAACAAUGGAUUUGACAGGUUCUUAG